AAACACAGCGCGCACCUUUGAAGCAGACGACCAGAAAUAAGCCAAGCAGACGACAUAUUUCUGAUUUAUCUGAAUUUACAGCUUUAUCAAGACAGUACCGACAUUUCACGUUCACUUGUCGCGAGCGAACAUGAGGCAGUCGAUGCUGUUAGUCGUGUUGAGUGUGCUGACUAUUGUCAGGGGGAGUCUUCAGUCCCAGUGUAUUCAGGGUAUAAACUGUCAACUACCAAACUGCUUCUGCAGUACGUCGCGACUAAAUAUGGACUUGGAGGAGAUUCCUCAAAUUGUGUACUUUGGGUUUGAUGACGCUUUGAAUGUGGAAAUGGCCAGUCACUACCGACGCCUGUUUUCACCCGACAGAAAGAACCCCAACGGAUGUCCAAUAACUAUGAGUCUGUACGUCCAAGAUCAAUACACGGACUACCGAUUGGUGCAUGAGUUUUACAACAAGGGGAUGGAGAUCGGAGUCCACAGUGUCACACACACCUCAAUCAGCACUGGGGACAAACUCAGGUACGAGGCGGGUCAGCAGAGAAAGAACCUGGCCACCCUAGGACGAAUUCCAAUUGAAGACAUCGUCGGAUGGCGUAGCCCCAAUCUGAAGACAGCUGGGGAUGUACAACCAGAUAUUCUUAAGUCUUUGGGCUACACUUAUGACAUAUCUUUGACUUACACUCGAAGCAAGUUAGGGAUGGCACGCCCAUGGCCCUACACCCUGGACUAUGGGUAUCCGUUUAGCUGCAUGGUACGCCCGUGUCCCAAACCUGAAUCUCGCCACCCUGGAUUCUGGGAAGUACCCGUCAAUUCUUUAGUGGACUACAAGAACGCCUACGCUUGCGCGUAUGUUGAUGGCUGCUUCAACCGGCCAGAUACAGAGGAAGAUGCUUUUAAAUAUUUAUGGCAAAACUUUUUAGAUUAUUAUAAUAGUUCACGGACACCGUUCGGUUUUAAUAUGCAUGCCGCUUGGUUCUGGUCCGAGCAUAAUCUAAAUGCUAUGAACAGGUUUAUUGAGCAGGUGCGAGAGCUGAAAAAUGUUUAUAUUGUUAGUGUGAAGCAGAUGCUGGACUGGAUGAAGGAACCUACUCCCAUUUCUCAACUACAGACUUUACCUUCAUGGAGAUGUGCCGCAGUGCAUGUGUCAAGCAAUGCCACAGUACCAACUACGUCAGUUUCAACACCAACUACGCCUUCAACAACCACGACUACACCGCCAACAACAUCCACUACGACGACAACUACAACCACAACACCUACUACUACUACUACUACUACUACUACUACUUCUACUACGAUGAAGCCCACUACAAAUAUUCGAUUUCCUUCGACGACAACUCCUAAAGACACCAAAAGCACUAAGUUUAUUACAAAGGUGCAUCCGUCGCAGACAUUUGUGUCAGGCACUCGUCCGACAGAACUUGCACAAUCGUCUCCUCAAGUGUCUCACAAACAUAAGUCAUCAACGCCCAAGCUUUCCUUCCCGACAGCUGUCAGCAAACUAUUGACAACAGCAGCAAAAAACGGGGGAGCGACACGAGUACUGAGCUCAGCACAAAUGCAGUUCCUGCAGUCAACUGCAUCAUCUGGACUCCCAUCUCACUCGCGCUCUUCGUCAUCAUUGCCGUGUAUUCAAGGCUGGAACUGUAGGCUACCUGGCUGUAUGUGCAGAACAACCCACCCGCCAGGGGGUUUAGCGGAGACAGAAACCCCUCAGAUGGUGUAUUUCACUUUCGAUGGCCCAGUCAACGUGAACUCGUACAUGAACCUCGUGCAUCUCUUUGAUUCUGACAGAACGAAUCCCAAUAACUGUUCCAUCUCAGCGACAAUGUUCGUGUCUAAGAGUGGUAACUACAUGACUUACCUCAAACGUCUGGCAGGCAUGGGAAUGGAAGUUGGGCUAAGAGGGGACGACAUGGACGCAUAUCGACGAUCCAACUCGUUAGAGACAGACCUGAACAACGAGAUCAACUAUCUCCAAGCCAAGCUUCCCGUCAGAAACCUCAAAGGGUGGAGAAGCCCCGCUUUGAAACCUCUUGGAGACGCCCAGUUCAAGAUCCUCAAGUCUCAAAACCUCCUGUAUGAUAGCACUCUGUCUCUACCAAACCCUCAGACCAAAGGGGACUUCGCUUGGCCUUACACGCUCGACUUUCGCUGGAGGGAUACAUGUGAUAUUAGUGGCUGUCCCACUGAGGCGUAUCCUGGAUUAUGGGAGGUCCCCAUUGUACCUCUUCUGGACUACACACAACGCUAUCCCUGCACGUACGCUGACGGCUGCAUGUUCAACCCACCAACAGCAGACGAUACCUUCAACUUCUUGUGGCGGAACUUCAAGGAGCAUUACGAUGGCAACCGAGCCCCUUUCGGUGUAACACUGAGACAACAGUGGUUCUCCCACUUCAUCUAUAAACCCAACUUGGCAGGACUCGACAGAUUCAUAAUGACUUUAGUGUCCAUGCAAGAUGUCUAUGUUGUAUCCAUUGAACAGGUUCUGGACUGGAUGAAGAACCCAACUCCGCUGGGGGAACUUGGCACCUUCCUACCAUGGCAGUGCUAGUACAUUGGACUUCAAAUCUAUGUACAUCCCUGUGGUAAAAACAUCAUGUAUAUAGUUUUUUGGAGGGUUCCAGAUAACUGACAAGCAUAUUGUGAUAGAAAUGUGCACUGUGUCAUUUGAAAGUGUUGUUGUAAUUAAAAACAAACAGACGCAUCCAUCGCAGGGAACUUAUUUGAAAACCUAUUGUUUUCAUUUGAAUUAAGUCACGGGAGUCACAUGUUAUUUCUAUGAUAUUUUAACUGUCAUUGAUACACUAAAGAGUAACCAAGCAUUCCAUUACAAAAUGAAUUACUUUUGAUAUUUAUCAUUUAUGUUUGAAACACCAUGCAUUUGUCAUGGUUUCCCCUAACGGCGUAUUUUUAUCAUAUGUCUUUAUUCAUAUUCGAUUAUCAAUGUUUUUGUGAGCUCGUAAUUGGAAAGGUCCCGUGUGAAUCUGUGAUUGUAUACCGAAUUUGUUGUACGAAUGCUAAAGCGAUAAAGACUUGACACAUUGUAAUUGUUGAAUAAGUAUUUAUAGCUAUAUUAUUUAAAUCUAAUAUGUCUUGUCUAUCAUUAUUUAUGUACAGUAAAUUGACUUGCCGGUUUGAUAUAAACUAUUUUUGUGCACUAAUACAUCCAUGAUUAUAUUUAUGUUGCUUUAAUUAUAUAGUCGCUGAAAUAAAAUAUAACAUCCUA